AUGAGUAGUUAUUCUAGUCCAAGCUAUUGUAAGUUUCACAAGUGCCACAGUUGAUAGUAGUUCGGUGCAUAAUAUUUUGAAUGGGUACCUAGAUCCAAAUAAUUAUCUAGGACGGUAUACCUAGCUAAUUAUUGAAAGUACCUAGGUACCUGCCAACUACCUAAUUUGAAGUUUAAUAAACAGUGGAAAUGGUGUCUCCUUUCAUCAAACAGUGCUGGGCUGUAGCAGGGGUGCAGUUGAACUACGUGGCGCAGGGCAUGAUGCUGAGCUUCCCCGCCAGCUUGCUGCCUGCCCUCAAAGAUCCAGCGUCCACCAUCAAGGUGGACCUACAAUCUGCUUCUUUUCUAGCAUCGUGUGUGGGACUAGCAGCAACAUUAGGGUUCUUAGGCUCAUCGUCACUGAUGAACGUAUUAGGACGCAAGCUGACUUUCGGCGCUGCGCUACUUCCUGCUAUCAUCGGUUGGGGUAUUAUCUUCUUCGCAAAUAGCGUUCCCUUGUUGAUAGCUGGUCGCUUGCUGACCGGUGUGACGGGGGGCGCCACCAUCACGCUGGGGGCCAUCAUCAUCGGUGAGUUCACCGACCCCAAGUACCGCGGAGUGUUCCUAAACCUCAACACGGUGUCCGCCGGCCUCGGCACCAUGAUGCUCCACAUCGCCGGACAUUACUUCCACUGGCGAACAGCCGCGCUCAUCUCAUUGGUUCCACUAUCCGCCGCCUUCUGCAAUUUGCUAACUUGGCCCGAGAGCCCGGCCUGGCUCGCGUCUAAAAAUAGAUAUGCAGACGGAGAAAAGGCGUUUUACUGGCUCAGAGGGAAAGAUGAGGAUUCCGUGAAAGAGUUUGAGGCAGUGGUCCGGGCACAGAAGGAGAGGAUGGCGCAGUUCCCUGAAACACUGACGUGCAGUGAUGACAUAGUGGAAUUUUUCAAGAAAUUUACUAGAAAGGAUUUUUUGAAGCCGAUUUCGAUCGUAUUCAUAGGAUUUCUGCUCCUGGAGGGCAGCGGCCGGCACACGUUCCCCGCCUUCGCAAUCGACUUCAUCGGAGAUGUCAGCGGCGACCACUCACAAACAUUCCUCUACACCAUGUGUAUGGACGUCAUCACCGCCGCUAGCGCCCUGAUGGCCACCUACUUAGUGAAGGUCAUGAAACGAAGGACUCUAUUGUUCUGCAGCGGAAUUUCCUCUGUGGUUAUUCUACUUAGUGUAAGUUUGUAUUUAUAUUUGGUAUCGCUGGGGGUAUUAGCGAACGAUAAAGCUUGGAUUCCUCUGAUAUUGCUGGUGGCGUACUUUGUGGUGUCCAACUUGGGGUGCACUUCGAUUCCGCUGGGUCUCCUGGGUGAGGUGCUGCCGCUCCCGCACCGCGGCGCCGGCACCGCCGUGUCGGGCAUCGCCUUCUCCUUCAACCUGUUCCUGGCCAUGCAGGCCACGCCCCUUCUCAUGGCCACUGUCAACACAUACGGCACGUUCACCGCCUACGCUCUAGUCAUGAUCUUCACUCUAGUCAUCAUGUACAUGAUCCUGCCAGAGACUAAGAACAGAACCCUGCAGGAAAUUGAAGACUAUUUCAACCAUGGAAAAUUCCUCGAUGAAAAACCGCACCCUAGUGAUGAUGAGGUGAAAAUGAAAAUGCUGAAUAGACAACCAUAAACGUAUCAGAUUGUGUGAUGAGUGAUGAGUAAAUAAAUAAAUGAUAAUAUUUUAUCCUUGCAUUCAUGUACAACAAGCAUUAGAUACGUAAAUCCCUAGACAAAUCCUACCUAAUAAAAACAAAAACUACUUAACUAUGUAUACAAAACCUGUAGAUAAUAAUUAUGAUGUAAAUUAGCUAACUAACUACUGUGAUAAUGAUAAUAAACUUCUUGAACUGA